AAUUCCUGAUUAAGACGAGGCUGACAGAAUGCUUGAGCUGGGAUACGAACGUGAAGUGACAAAGGUUCUUGAUGCCCUACAGAAAACUAAUCAUAAAAGACGACAAUCCCUUCUUCUUUCCGCUACACUGACACAGGGAAUAGAGCAACUAUCUGAAGUGAGUCUACGACACCCUGUAUUUAUUGAUGCUGCAGGAGACGGUGGCGAAGAUGACAAGAAGAACCUGGUGACCCCGGCAAAUCUAAAACAGGCUUUCCUCCUUGUACCUGCUAAACUCCGGCUAGUUGCCCUAGGUAGGUUCUAACUCAGACUAGUUGCU